UGGACCCGCCCUCUUCCUGGUAUGCUCCUGCUGCAAAUAAAAAACAGACAGAAGGAAAGGAAGAAAACAGACAUAUAAGGAGGAUUAAAACAAGACUGAAUGUAACAUAUUUAAAACAUGGAAAUCUUCAGUUCAUUGGUGUUGGUCUUAGUUUUAGCUGUGUUGAUAUUGGUUACAUGGCAGAAGGCAGCGAGUGGACUGUCUUUACCCCCAGGACCACAGGCACUGCCGUUAAUUGGUAACUUACUGAUGAUAGACAAGCAUGCACCCUUCAAAAGCUUUAUGAAGUGGAGUAAAACCUAUGGUCCUGUGAUGACGGUGUACCUCGGGCCUCAGAGAUUCGUGGUUCUGGUCGGUUAUGACACUGUGAAAGAGGCUCUAGUGGAUCAUGCAGAAGACUUUGCAGACAGAGCUCCUUUUCCUUUUCUAGAAAGAGCUGUGAAAGGAUAUGGUUUGGCCAUCAGUAAUGGAGAACGUUGGCGUCAGCUGAGGCGUUUCACUCUCACCACACUGAGAAAUUUUGGGAUGGGGCGCAAAAGAAUGGAACAGUGGACUCUACAGGAGAGCAGACACAUGUUGAAAAGUUUUGAAGAAACCAAAUCUGCACCUGUCAACCCAGCUCCCUUUUUAAUUCGGACUGUGUCCAAUGUGAUCUGUUCUCUGGUGUUUGGGCAGCGCUUUGAAUACGAAGAUAAAAUGUUCUUACAUUUGCUCCAGAUCAUCUCAAAUAUCCAGCGUUACGCCAGCAGUCCCAGUGCUCAGCUGUUCAACUUCUUCCCCUGGCUAAUGGAGCUCUUACCUGGCAGUCAGCAUACAUUGGUCCUUAGUGAGAUGGAUGAGAUAAGAGAUUUCAUCAUGAGUAAGAUCAAGGAGCAUGAGCAGGAUUUGGACUUUACUGAUCCAAAGGAUUUUAUUGACUGCUUCCUCAUCAAACUCAAACAGGAGAAAGACGAUCCUGAUACAGAAUUUCACAAAAAUAACUUGAUGGGGACUGUUGUAAAUCUGUUCUUUGCUGGUACAGAGACCACCAGUACAACUAUCAACUACUCCCUUAUGCUGCUCAUCAAAUACCCACACAUACAAGAGCAAAUGCAGAAGGAGAUUGAUCGAGUUAUUGGACGAGACAGAAUCCCUACAAUGGAGGACAGGAAGUCCCUCCCCUUCACAGAUGCUGUGAUUCAUGAAGUUCAGCGAUAUCUAGACAUUGUUCCCCUCAACAUUCCCCAUUAUGCCACACAUGACAUCUCAUUCAGAGGUUAUGUGAUUCCAAAGGGCACAGGGAUAAUUCCCCUGUUGCACUCUGUCCUAAGGGAUGAGGAACAGUGGGAAAAACCUUGGACAUUUAACCCUGAGCACUUCUUGGAUGCCAGUGGUAACUUCAAAAAGAGUCCAGCAUUUCUGCCCUUCUCUGCAGGUAAACGCUCAUGUGUGGGAGAGUCUCUGGCUCGUAUGGAGUUAUUUCUGUUCAUUGUGUCUCUACUUCAGAAGUUCAGCUUCAGCUGUCCGAAUGGUCCAGAGGACAUAGACCUCAGUCCUGAGCUCAGCAGCUUUGCCAUAUUGCUUCGACCCUAUCAGCUCAUUGCCUCCCCCCGCUGACUAACAUCAACAUCUCAUCAUGCCUCAUUUUACAAAUCUAUGGACAUAACUGGUCAUGUUUAAUCCAAACCAUUCAGAUGUUGGCAGAACCUAUUUUAAUUACAUGUAGGGUAUAGGAGAGACAGGGUAUGGUUGUAACAUGGGAAGAAUUCCGCCAAUCAGGGAUAAGAUAGGAGUCAUAUGAUCAUUUCAGUGUGUAUUCAUCUCCUUCCAGAUCCAAAUGAAUGGUUAUCAAGGCUGAAAUUGUCUAGACAAAAACUGAUUUUGAAGUAAGAAUUUUUUUUACCCAAACUAUAUUUUAUGUAGUACUUAAACUGUUGCUGAUCAAAUAAUUCAACUUGAAUUAUGAAACUGUAUGAAACUGUAUUCUCUUAGGCAAAAUAUGUGCAAUGAAUCUCUGGAAUACAAUUGAGGUCGAUUGGAUGCAAAGGGGUGGUGUAGUCCGAUCUGUGUUCUGAUCAUCAGGAGAAAAGUAUGCAUGUAACCGGGUGAAUCUUAGUAUUUGCAAAAAUACAUUGUGCACAUGUGCAGAAGAAUUGUGCUUUAGUUAAAAUCUUAUAUUUACCUCAUAUUUACGUAUUACAUGAUUCUAUUCACAGAAACAUGCAAUAGCAAGGGGAUGGCAACAUGUAUUAUUAAGGUAACUGCCUUUAAAAAAUUUCAUUUUCAUAUAAGAAGUUUAAUGGCUUACUUUAGUGCAGGCCUAUGUCAUGAAAUACAAAUAAACUGUAAUAUUAGCUAACAUUUUACUUCCUCCAUAAUAUGUUCAUUGUGAAAAAAUGUUAACAACUCAAAGACGCUCUGAGCGGGAGUCUAAACAGCAAUUGGUCCUUAUGCGAAUUGAGAGCUCCAAAAGGCGGGGCAAGAGAGCACUCAACCCACAUGAUGGACCGAUUGGGAGAUUAGGUAAUGAUGUUUACCCACCACCUUCAUACUGGCCUCUUACAGCAGCAACUCAUGAGUUGAAUCGGGUGUUUUAAAUAUGAGUUUAAAUAGUGUUUUAAAUCAAAAACUUUUGAGCUUAAAGAGUGGGUACUCGAGGACCAGGAUUGGGAAACACUGCCUAAGGGCAUGGUAGUGGCUGGGACUCAACCUCCCAUUGCGUAAGUUGGUCCCUCUGGACUGUGAUUGUCCACUGAGGGACUUGUUAGGACUGUGUUGCAGGCCACCAAGCCAAAGCCCUCUCACAUCAUGGAUGACAUGCCAGAAUUCCUUUUACAUCAUGGCUGCCACUCCAGAGCCCUCUCUGGUCACAUCUUGGCCACCUUUCCAAUGUUACCAUCCCACAACAAGGCUGUCACCAGCCUUCAUGUCUGCCACUGUGGAACACAAGAAAGCGGGUUUAAGGCACAGGAGCCUGGUCUGGCAGAUCCUCUGAUGGUUUCUGCUUUGGCAGCUGGAGUUCGGGUGGUCCCAAGUCCUGUGGUCCCUGAGGUUUAUGUCUUUCUUUCUGUUGUGGCUAUUGCUGUCUGAUGUGUUUGGGCCACAAACUGCUCUACAGUUGGCCCACUCCAUGGCCCAUGUCUGAGCUAGCUGCUCUGCCCAGAUCUAAGCGCAUGUCAAUGUUCCACGACCCAGGUCCUCCAAAGCUCUAUGGCCCUGGUCCACCACUACAUCAUGGCUCUUUGCUCACCUCUACAAUAGUCAAGAAAGAGGUCAAAUGCUGGUUUAUUACACAUUUUAUUAAAUGUUUUAGAGCUGCCA